AUGCUCAAGGUUGUCAUGCCUGCUAUUGAGAGUCAUGGUGUUGUGGCGUUCGCCCCAUUCACUGGUUCAAGUGCUGUGAGGAAGUGGAGUCCCAAUGUAUAUUUUACCCGUGCUGAACGUGCAGCGGAAGUACUUGCACUCGUGCGCUAUAUUGUCAAUUAUCUUUUGUUAAAUCGUGUGGGAUUCAUGUACCUGCAGGGUGUUUCGUUUGGUGAUCAAUCAUAUGAGCAGGUAUUACGACUCAUGUCUUCUAUGGGAUAUGCGCUUAGUGGCGUGUUUACACUGAAGAGCUCUCUUAGUGAACCUGCUGAUGAUGCUGUGUUCAAUGCUACGUGGGAGGCGUUUGCGGACACUCGUCCACAGGCUGUGAUUGUGUUUGGUGCUCCUGUUAAUGAUACUGCGAAGUUCAUAAUGAGGAUGCUGACAGAC